CCUCGACCUAAUUGAAUCAACGCUGCAAUCCUAGUCAACUCUCUCAUACACGAAUCAAGCCCCUCCCAGUACCCAAAGAAUCAAGUCUUCCACAAUGCCACGAAGAUUUCACGCCCACGACGCCAUCGAAGAGGAUAUUUACGGCCGCGAGCGCGAUCCGUACUCCCGUCACAACAGAGGGCGAGAUCGACGCCGACACUUCAAAGAAAAAGAGGAGGAACUCCGGUACGACCGACGAGUACCGCCGCCCCCGCCUCCACCAACAUCAGGACCGCCGAUGCCCGUGCCGGUCGAGAAGUUCGAACGGAUGCGUCUGCGGGACGAGAGAGCCCGGGGCCCGGAGAUGAGGAUCCCUGUGGCCCCGGCGCCGCCGGUUGCGCCGCAGCUCGUGAGGGAGAGGGAGAGGGAGGAGCUCAAGGUGGUGAAGCCUGUGCGCCGGCCGGUGCGAGAGGCUCUUGAACCGAGAGAGAGGACGCGGGGGUUCGAGAAGGAGAGGGAUCGGCGGGGAAGGCCGAGGUAUCGCGGGGUUGAUUUGGAGAAGGAGAGGUUUGUUCUGGAGGAGGAAGAAGAGGAAGAGGAAGAGGAAGCAAGUUCCUCCUCCGAAUCGGAGAGCAGUAGUCUCGAGGAGAGUGAUACGGAAGAGGAGGAAGAUGAUAUGGUCAUUGUAGGAAGGCACGGGAGGCCGAAACACGGCCACUUGUCACGAAGUGCAGAUCUCAAGGAGCCUCCGAGGGGGAUUCUUCGCAACCCAAAAUUGGAGCAGGACGAGUUGCUGCUGAAGCGGCACUACGAGCGGAAUCGCAGCAGCGGACCGGUCUAUGCUACUGCUACACGAACACGACACAAGCACCGCCAUCACCGACACAGGGAUCUCGAAGAUGCGGACGGUGAGCGCGACGAGGAAGUGGACAAAGAGGAGGUCUUCCGCCGGAAGUAUAGGGAGCGCAGGCGCGCCGGAGAUGUGGUCGAGGAGGAAGAGGAGAUCCGACGGUCUUCGUCGGAGAUGGAAAGGUCUCGACUACCGUCGCCGAAGAGAUAUCCUAUCUUCUCGGAUAGGCAUGUCUAUGAGGAUCACCAAAAGAUUCAUCGCCCUCGGCUGUCUAAUUCAGAUCUCGUUUACGAGUCUGAGACCCACCGUCGAGGACGACUGGAUAGGAGUGAGAUACCUAUAAUUCGACCCAAGAAAAGGGGCAGUCACCCUCCACCGCAUCCAGACCCUUACCGACGUUCGAAAGACGGCCUUCCUCUCGUUCCCCCAGAACCGAAGUUUGCUGAGCGCGAAAAGGAAGUGCUUACUGUGGUGCGCCGCGACGGUAGCCACGAUUCCUUCAAGGAAGAAGAAUUCGUUGAAGAUGACUGUUAUAUGCCUCCAGGCCAUCAGCCAUUACCGAGGAAAAGGUCUUUCAAGGAAAAGGAACAAAUCGAGAUUGUCGGGCCAAUCCCCCGAGCGAAAUACGACAGAGCUCCACCGGACACUGAUGCGUUGCGAUACCCUGAUCGGGAUACAAAGCGUGGCUUUGGCGAGCCCCGACAGUCCGACGAGGACUCAAGCCGUCAGUUUGGUAGGAUAGGAAGACGGUUUGUCGGUGUCAAGGACCAUCGCGAGCGCCUCUGGACUGAGAUCACGAGGGAUUUGGUCGUGAAGGAAGCCCUCGAACGGGCGGGCUAUGAGUAUGAGGAGACCGAAACGUCGUACUUCAUCUUUACCUACCUGGAGAAGGAGCAAGUGGAUGCACUGAUUGAGCAUUCGGAAGACAUUCGCCGCGCACGCCGCCGCCGGGUCCAGGAGAUCCACCGCGAGCGAACCUCGUUGCCUCCUCCCACAGCUCCUGUGCCUCACCCGCCGCCACCGCCUGCAUCAGCUACGGACAAGGCCGGCCCCCUACUGCUGGACAGCCCACCUCCACGCCUUCCUCGAGAGGAACGACGACGUACGGAGCGCGAGAGGGUUGCAGAAGGAGGACGCUGGAGGCCACCACCGCCUCGGGCGGAGCGAUGGUGAUAAGUGUCUUGUUACAGAAGCAGCAGAAGCAGCACAUGAGUGGAAAGGCUGCUGCGCAUGUGUCCGUGAUUGCAUUGACAUUUCAUGUGUGAUACCCCGAAUGAAUUUUGGUUUGCAGUUGGUGAGGAUCAAUGUGAUCGGUUGGCCUUAAAUCUCUUGGGAUCAGUCCUCUAUGUUUGGAGCCAAACACAUAUAUCAAACUACGCUCCAAGACAUUACUUAGACGCAGCCGAAUUGGAUCGGUCUACUGCGCUGUGCACUGCACCAGGUCACUUAUGCUAUUUCACCACUUCAACCUCGACGUCUGCUUCACAGUCUAAUGACCGCUAGACCCG